UUAUUUCCAGCGUCUGUUCAUUCAUACAGUUUUACAGAGUUCAGCAGUUUGUUUGCAAAUUUCUAUUUAACAUAUUUGCGGGAUUUACAACACAACACAAAUGUAUUACAGCACAUACAGAGCCCUUCUGAGUUUAUAACUUGACGUCAUGAUUGGCCAAUCAGCGUGCUCACAAUCAAUGACGCUGCUCGCGAUUGGUCGAACGGGUGAAUGGGCGGGAACACGAGCCCCCGGCUCCACUUCCCGACGUGGCUCCAAACAUCCAAGAUGGCAGCGGCUGUAUGUGAGUUGUUUGGCUUCGUGUUAGUGCAGCUGGAGGAAGUGACGCGCGUUGUUCUUCCUCGGCUCUUGUUAUUGAAGCAGAGUGUGAGCUUUAACCUCCGCAGCUCACCGGCCGCGUGACAGGUUCCGUUCUAUGCGGGGUGAAGACAAGAUGUCGGAGCAGACUCUGGAGUACUUGAUGAGCCGGGGUCACAUACAGAGGAGGGACGCUGCUGAGGUCAGCUGGUCUCACGCUGUGAACAGCCGCAGCCGGCUGACGGAAGCUCUCACGGGUCACACUCACAUGCUCGAGGCCGACGUCAUCAUCAGAGGUCAUGACCCCAGAGAGCCGAUCAUGGCGCACCCUCCUGACACAGACAGCGACAUCACACUGAAGGAGUGGCUGCAGGCAGUGAAGGCGCAGGACAAGGGGAUCAAGCUGGACUUCAAGAGCCCGGACGCGGUGUCUCCAUCUGUCCACCUGCUGCAGGACGUGCUGGACCAGCUGAGCCGUCCCGUGUGGAUCAACGCAGACAUCCUGUCUGGUCCUGGGGGACAGGUCAGACCUCUGGAGCCUCAGGCCUUCCUGUCUGCUGCCACAGCUCUCCCCUCUCACACUGUGCUGUCUCUGGGCUGGACCACAGGGUGGACUGCAGGGACAGACAGCCCAGGGUACAGCUGGGACAUGGUGCGUGUGAUGGAGGAGCUGUGCAGGGGUCUCGAACACCCGGUCACCUUCCCAGUGCGCGCCGCUCUCCUCUCCCAGUCCUUCUCCCAGCUCAGCUGGCUGCUGCAGCAGUCACACAGGUACUCUCUCACAGUGUGGACCGCACAGAGGGACGAGUACUCGCUGCAGGACUUCCUGUCCUACAGGAGACAGCUGGACAUCAGCAGGAUCUACUACGACCUGCCGGACCCUCAGAGGACAGAGCUCAGUGAGACAUCACAAGACAUCAACUGAGAGUCUGCAGCACAGAGGGACAUGUCUCAUCUGACAGACUGAAGUGGAGACAGGAGAGUGGACCUGUCUCUGGUCCACCUGUCUCUGGUCCACCUGUCCUCUGGUCCAUCUAGUCCCUCUGUCCUCUGGUCCAUCUGCCAUGGGUCACACUAGGCUCUGACCAGGAGCACCCAGAGGUCUGCAAGAUAGAGUUUAAAGGGAUAGUGCACCCAAAAAUGUAAAUUCAGCCAUUAUCUACUCACCCAUAUGCCGAGGGAGGCUCAGGUGAAGUUUUAGAGUCCUCACAUCACUUGCAGAGAUCCAAGGGGAGAGGAGGUAGCAACACAACUCCACCUAAUGGAGGCUGACGGCGCCCCAGAUUCAAACGUCCAAAAACACAUAAUUGAAACCACAAAAUAUCUCCAUACUGCUCGUCCGUAGUGAUCCAAGUGUCCUGAAGCCCCGACAUAAAAAGUUGUUUGGAAAAACUCUGUUUUUAGCCUCACUGUAGCCUGGGUUAGGGUUAGGGUGUGUACGCUUGGGCGAGACCUUUGAAAGCACGUGAACACACAUGAAGACGGUGCCCAUGUCUCAUGGUCUCAAGUGCACCCACGUCUUCAGUGGCCUCUGGCUCAUCUGUGGUGUCUCACUGUCUCUGUGUCUCACUGUCUCUGUGUCUCACACUUCCACUGCUGUGGCUCAGAAACGUUGUCACUGGAUUAUAAUGUGUUCAUCACACUCAUGUUGCAUCUGGUAAAGAUGGUGCUCAUUAGAUGUUUUUUUUAAUGAGUGUGUGUGUGUGCACAAAAUAAAUGUUUGGAUUCACUCAAACAAA